GUGUGAGGGCGCAACUGCCCAAAAGCACGCGCGCCCCUGGCUGCUCUGCUCUGUCUGUUCUGUCUGCUGCACUGCAUCUGCUGCAUCCCUCUCUGUGACCCGCCGCCGCUUCUACAGCCGAUUCUGCCUCCACGCGAUACCGCUCAAGCGACCCGCGACUGGACCACCGCCCGGCCACGACUCGACCGACCCCCGCGCGCUGCGGCCCACCAUCGACUCGCGCUGCUGCAAGCUCAACCCGCCGCCGCCAAGCGCAGACGCCCCCCUACCUGAUAGCUCCCGCGCCCUCGCAGACGCAAAAGCAAAGCGACUGCACGCUGCACUGCUCGACCGCCAUCUCGCCGCCCCGCCUCGCCCAGCCGCUCCCUGCUCGCCGCCCCAGAGCCGCCGCCGACAGGGCUCCGCACCGAUCCACGACCCUAAUCCGACGACGCGUCGCUAAUACAACCGUACACAAUGGCCGCUCCCGCGACCCAAUCCCUGAAGUGUGUCGUGACCGGCGACGGUGCCGUGGGCAAGACAUGUCUUCUCAUUUCCUACACAACGAACGCCUUCCCCGGCGAGUACAUCCCGACUGUCUUCGACAACUACUCGGCGAAUGUCAUGGUUGACGGCAAGCCCAUCAGCCUCGGCCUGUGGGAUACCGCCGGCCAGGAGGACUACGACCGUCUGCGGCCGCUGUCGUACCCGCAGACGGACGUGUUCCUGAUCUGCUUCUCCAUUGUCAGCCCGCCGUCGUUCGACAACGUCAAGGCCAAGUGGUACCCCGAGAUCGACCACCACGCGCCGGGCGUGCCCAUCAUCCUGGUCGGCACGAAGCUCGAUCUGCGAGACGACGAGGGCACCAAGGAGUCGCUGCGCCAGAAGAAGAUGGCGCCCAUCCAGUAUGAGCAGGCCGUCAUGGUCGCCAAGGAGAUCAAGGCGCAGAAGUACCUUGAGUGCUCGGCCCUGACACAGCGCAACCUCAAGAGCGUCUUCGACGAGGCCAUCCGCGCCGUCCUCAGCCCGCGCCCCCAGCAGUCGCAGCAGAAGAAGAAGAGCAAGUGCACCGUCUUAUAAGCGCGCACGCAGCGGCCGGCGGGCCCUGGUGCGGCGGACAUCCGGGAGCUUGAAUAUAAUGCGUCCCCGCCCAGCGCCGGCCCGAGACGACCAUUCACCCUACCCAGCACACUCCCACGGCGAGCAUCGCCGGUGCUGUUUCCUCAUACCCUCUACAUCGGCAUCUGCUUGAUAGCAUCUUGCAUACCUCGCGUGCGGCGAUUCGGACAGGGCAGCCACGCUUACGACGUUUUUUGCUGCAUUCCUUUCUUUGGCGCCGUGGCCUGCGGAUCUGAAAUUAGCAUUUACGAUAGACCCUUGUCUUCUGAAUAUCACGUAUUGGUUUUGA